AUGACCUUUCCAAAGCUGUGGUUCUCCCUGGUCCCCUGCACCUCGAAUCCACUGGCACCUGGUUUGCUGGAUCCAGGGCACUACCUUCAGGAGAUGUGGUGCACCAGCCCCUAUCGCACUAUUCUCCACCUUCAAACAUUCUCCAAAGAUGUCAGCGAUCCAGGAACAGUGGUGGGCAUCAAGGGAGUCCAGAGUGGGCCAGGGAGGGCCCAAAGCUCCUGUCCCUCCUCUGGUGCCUGCCCCCUAAUCCUCUCUGUCCAGGUGAGAGGCGAGCAGAUCAAGAUGACCAUGGAGUAUGAUGCUUUUGAUGACCAGUAUAAAGGAUGUGAAAACGAAAUGGAUUUGGAAGCCUCUCGACUCCUGGAGCACGAAAUGAGAGAAAAUGAAUUACUCCAACUUUCCUGGGUUGAAGCAAGGGAAAAGUGGCAAAAUGGGACCAAGGAGAAGGUGUCUCCCCUCCCCUCAGGCUUCAAGGAUGAGUACGGCAUAGCGGUUGUGAUGUACACUAAUGACAAAAUUCAUCUAGACUUCAACAGGGCCGUGCGGACAAAUGGUACGUCUCUGAAGAACUACAAGAGUAAUUUUCAGUACAAAGCCGUCCAUUUCUACCUGACCAGGGCCCUGCAGCUCCUGCCAAAGGUCAAAUACACCAUGCAGCUGUUUCGGGGCUCUAAGGAAGAGUUCACUCACAGAGGGAUGGGCCCCAUGCGCCUUGGGCGUUUCGGCUCCACGUCCCAGAAUCGUUCAGUAAGUGAGGAGUUCGGUACGUGCACCUUCUAUACCAUCUAUACCUGCUUGGGGGUGGAUAUCCAAAAGUUCUCCUUUGAUGAAGGUCAACGAGAAGUGCUGAUCCCUGUGAAUGAAGUCUUCACCAUCACUCCAGGGAAUGAGAGAGGCCACUUCAUUCUCAACUCAAAGAAGACUUUAGCCUGUUUCAACUGUGCCUACAGAGGAAGUGAGUUAGUGUGUAAUAUCCUGGGGUUAGUUCUUGAAGGGAAUUCCCUGGGGUGA